AUGGCUUUAUUUUCAGAUUUGUUGGGUCAUUGUAUUGAGAUUUUUAUGGAUGAUUUUUCUGUAUAUGGCACCACAUUUGACAGUUGUGUACAUAACUUGAAUUUAGUUUUACAGAGAUGCAGGAAGGCCAAUUUGAUUUUAAAUUGGGAAAAGUGCCAGUUCAUGGUGGAUGAAUGCAUUGUUUUGAGGCACAAGGUAUCAGGAAAAGGUAUUGAAGUAGAUCCUGCCAAGAUUGAGGUUAUUUCUAAACUUCCUCCCCCAAUAAGCGUUAAGGCAGUUAGAAGUUUUCUAGGGCAUGCUGGGUUCUAUAGGAGGUUCAUACAAAACUUCUCAAAAAUAGCAAAACAUCUUUCUGAAUUGUUGGCUAAAGAUGUAGAAUUUAAAUUUGAUGAAACAUGUUUAUCUGCCUUCAUGAAAUUAAAAGAGAAAUUAAUGAUUGCUCCUGUGAUUGUAACUCCUGAUUGGUCUUUACCUUUUGAGCUAAUGUGUGAUGCUAGUGAUGCAGCUGUGGGAGCAGUUCUAGGGCAAAGGCGAGAUAAGGUGUUUCAGGCUAUUUACUAUACAAGUAAAACCUUGGAUGAUGCACAGUGUAAUUACACCGUUACAGAGAAGGAAUUACUUGCUGUUAUCUUUGCAUUUGAUAAAUUUCGUUCUUAUUUGAUAAUGUCCAGAGUUGUUGUCUUUACUGACCAUUCUGCCAUCACGUAUUUGUUGUCAAAACAGGAUGCUAAACCAAGGAUUAUACGAUGGAUUCUUCUUCUCCAGGAAUUUGAUGUAGAAAUUAGAGACAAGAAAGGGAGUGAGAAUGUCGUAGCAGAUCAUUUGUCUCGACUGGAUGUUUCAGUGAGGGAACCCACAAUGAAAGAGAUCAAGGAUUCUUUUCCUGAUGAGAAGCUCCUCGCAAUCUCUAAAGCACCUUGGUAUGCAAAUUUUGUAAAUUAUCUGGCAGGAGGUGCAUUUCAGAGAGUGAGGUUAAUGAGAUUCUUAAUCAUUGCCAUUCUAGGGAGGAAAGAUUGGUCUUUGAAAUUGGGUGAUGCACUCUGGGCUUAUCGCACUACUUUCAAAACCCCUAUUGGUAUGUCUCCUUAUCGUUUGGUUUUUGGUAAAGCAUGUCACUUACCCGUUGAGCUUGAACACAAGGCCUACUGGGCCUUGAAGUUCUUAAACUUUGAUUCGCAGGUCAUAGGUGAGAAGAGAUUGUUGCAACUCAAUGAAUUGGACGAGUUACGUUUUGAGGCAUUUGAAAAUGCCAAGUUAUACAAAGUACGCACUAAGAAGUGGCAUGAUACACACAUUUAUCAUAGGAGUUUCCAGGCAGGAGAUAGGAUUUUGAUCUACAACUCUCGGUUGCGACUAUUUCUUGAAAAAUUGAAAUCCAGAUGGUAUGGCCCCUACACUGUGGUCAAAGUUCUCCCGUUUGGAGUUCUAGAAGUGUCCAAGCAUAGAGAAGAACCUUUCCGUAUCAAUGGGCUGAGAGCGAAGCUAUAUAUAGAGAAUCGCCGCGUCAAUGCGGGGCGAUUUCUUCUUCUGUCAUGCAUGGGCCUAGGAGUGCGUCUAAGCACUGCGAAGACUGGCUACAUCUGCAAUGGGGAGUUUAUACUGGUCCCACCCCACGCACUCGCCAGAGAGGAGCCAGCCGUACCUGAGCAGCAGCCUGAGCCUCCUCUUGCUUAUGAGGAUGGUGAGUUUCAUGACUCUCCAAUGGAGCCACCCUCAUCUCCUGUUCCCGCUCACCAUCUAGAUCUACAGUGGUUGCACAAACAUAUUGAUGAGAGGAUGGAUAGGUACGAGACUCAAAUGGCUGAGUAUUUUGCAUCAAUCCAUCAACGCCUUGACCAGCAGGAGACCCAGAUUGCAGAGUUGCUCCGCUUGUUCCAGCAUCAUUUCCCCCCUCCCCAAAGAGAGGAAGAGAUAAAAAUAUCUGAUAAUAAAUCAGAUAGUCGUGAAGUGAUGGAUAGUGAUGUGGCACAAGUUGUUGAGAGUCCUCAGAAGGAAAAUGUAAAAGCUGGCGGUGACACGGGGGAUGAACAGGCAAAUAAAAGGGAACAUUUACAGGGACAUGGGAUUGAUUCAGUAACUACAAUGAUGGAUGAGGACCAGUUUGAGCGAUCUUUGAAAGAUCAAGGGAGGAAUGAUGAGCAUGUGGAUUCAAACCUACCUUUGGGUUCAGAUAAUGUACAGCCCCCAGUUGGUGAUAAUGAAGAGAAUUUUGAAAAUUCAUCUGGGAUGUAUUCAACAGAGUGUAAUUCAGAGGGGCAUUUAAGUCAUACAAACAAGCAGUCUGCUUCAUCUUUUAGUUUUUCUUCACCUGUUUACUCUCCUGUUACUUCUCCACAAAAGCCUAGGCAUAAAAAUGCCAUGCGAGAUAUGUCUGCAGAAUUAUUGCAUUUAGUUGAUUCUGCUAUCAUGGGGAAACCUGAAGGUAUGGAGAAGCUGAAGAAUAUUGCAAGCGGUGUAGAAACUUUUGGGAGUGGUGAAGAAAUGGAGAGAGCAUCUUUUUUAAUAGUAGAUUCACUUCUUGCGACAAUGGGUGGUGUUGAAAGUUUUGAAGAAGAUGGUGAUAAUCCUCCUAGUGUAAUGCUGAACUCUCGGGCAGCCAUUGUGGCAGGCGAACUGAUUCCUUGGCUUCCUUAUGCAGGUGAUUCUGAUGUUCUAAUGUCUCCUAGGACACGAAUGGUUAGGGGACUACUUGCCAUAUUACGGGCGUGCACUAGAAACAGAGAAAUGUGCUCAAUGGCUGGUCUGUUAGGAGUGCUGUUGAGAACAGCAGAAAAAAUUUUCACAGUCGAUGUUGGCUUAAAUGGGCAAAUAAGGUGGGAUGGAACUCCUUUGUGCCACUGCAUACAAUACUUGGCUGGGCAUUCUCUUAAUGUUAGUGAUCUUCAUAGAUGGUUUCAAGUCAUUACAAGGACGCUUACCACAAUUUGGGCUUCACGCUUGAUGCUUGCAAUGGAAAAAGCAAUAAGUGAAAAAGAAUCUUGGGGACCGGCUUGCACUUUUGAGUUUGAUGGUGAAAGUUCUGGUUUGCUCGGUCCAGGUGAGAGUCGCUGGCCAUUUAUCAAUGGGUAUGGAUUUGCAACUUGGAUCUACAUUGAAUCAUUUGCGGACGCAUUAAAUACAGCUACAGUUGCUGCUGCAAUUGCUGCAGCUGCAUCAGCUAAGUCAGGUAAAUCAUCAGCUAUGUCAACUGCUGCAGCAGCUAGUGCACUUGCUGCUGAAGGUACCAUACACAUGCCACGGUUAUUCAGUUUUUUAUCUGCUGAUAAUCAUGGUAUAGAGGCUUAUUUUCACGCUCAAUUUUUGGUUGUUGAAAUUGGUUGUGGAAAGGGAAAGAGAUCUGCUUUACAUUUUACAUAUCCAUUCAAACCACAGUGCUGGUACUUCAUUGGUCUUGAGCACGCCAGCAAACAUGGAAUUCUUGGGAACGCAGAAAAUGAAAUUAGGUUAUAUGUAGAUGGUACUUUAUAUGAAAUUCGUCCUUUCGAGUUUCCUAGGAUUUUCAAACCCCUCUCAUUUUGCUGCAUAGGAACUAACCCUCCUCCUACUAUGGCUGGUUUGCAACGCCGUCGCCGUCAAUGCCCUUUGUUUGCUGAGAUGGGCCCUGUUUACAUAUUCAAGGAACCAAUUGGCCCAGAAAGGAUGGCACGCUUGGCUUCUAGAGGAGGAGAUGUAGUACCUUCUUUUGGUAACGCAGCAGGGCUACCAUGGCUUGCAACAAAUGCCCAUGUACAGAGCAAGGCAGAGGAGAGUGUUCUUUUAGAUGCAGAUAUUGGAGAUUUCAUUCACCUACUCUAUCAUCCUUGUUUGCUUAAUGGGCGUUUCUGUCCAGAUGCUUCCCCUUCUGGUGCUGCAGGAAUACUUCGACGUCCAGCAGAGAUUCUUGGGCAAGUCCAUGUUGCUACACGAAUUAGACCUGUGGAUGCUUUGUGGGCUUUGGCAUAUGGUGGUCCUUUAUCUUUGCUUCCCUUAGCAAUAAGCAAUGUACAUGAGGAUACUCUAGAACCACGACAAGGGAGUUUUUCUUUGUCUGUAGCCACUGCAUCUCUUGCUGGUCCAAUAUUUCGAAUUAUAUCAGCGGCUAUUCAACAUCCAAAGAACAAUGAAGAGUUGGUUCUUUGUAGAGGGCCUGAGGUUCUUUCAAAGAUUUUAAAUUAUCUUCUUCAAACCCUAUCUUCACUUUGUGAUGGAAAACAUGAUGGUGUAGGGGAUGAGGAACUUGUUGCUGCAGUUGUCUUGCUUUGUCAAUCUCAGAAGAUCAACCAUAUGCUUAAAGUGCAGCUCUUUUCUACAUUGUUGCUGGAUUUAAAAAUUUGGAGCUUAUGUAGUUAUGGAAUACAAAAGAAGCUUCUAUCAUCACUUUCUGACAUGGUUUUCACCGAGUCAGUAGUGAUGCGAGAAGCCAAUGCCAUUCAAAUGCUUCUUGAUGGAUGUAGAAGAUGCUAUUGGACUGUUGCUGAAAAAGCUUCUGUGAAUACUUUUUCUAUAACUGGAGCAACAAGAUUGAUAGGCGAAGUCAAUGCUUUGGUCGAUGAGCUCUUAGUGGUAAUUGAACUUCUAGUAGUGGCAGCCUCUCCUUCAUUGGUCACAAAUGAUGUCCGGUGUUUACUUAGGUUCAUGGUUGACUGUCCACAACCUGGUCAGAUUGCUAGGGUGUUACAUCUCUUCUACAGGUUGGUCAUUCAGCCAAAUAUAGCUAGGUCUCACUCAUUUGUAGAAGCAUUCCUAGCAUGUGGUGGGAUAGAAAUACUUCUUGUUCUGCUCCAAAGAGAAGCUAAAGCUGGAGAAAGUGUUGUUUUGGAAUCGUUGUCAAAGUGUCCUGAAUUUCAGAAAAGUGAAUCUGAUGGUAGCAGUGAAAUUGCACAAACAUGUCAGGAUUGCGAAGGAUUGGAUGGGAAAAUUGGAGCCUUACAAGACAACGACCAAGGUUCUCAAUCUGUUGAUAGUGACAGUAACAUUGAUCUGGGUUCUCCUGAUGUGAAUAUUGAAAGGAUGCCAUUUACCUCUGAAAUUCCAUCUGUCAAGAAUUUGGGAGGCAUAAGUCUAUCUAUUAGUGCUGACAGUGCUAGAAAAAAUGUUUAUAAUGUUGAUAAAAGUGAUGGUAUUGUUGUUGGGAUUAUAGGUGUCUUGGGUGCUUUAGUAGCUUCUGGGCAUCUGAGGUUUGGUUCUCAUGCAGGUCCUGAUACAACAAGCAACCUAUUGGGUAUUGGACUGCAUGAGGGAGGUAGUACAAUGUUUGAUGAUAAGGUUUCUCUUCUAUUUUAUGCCUUACAAAAGGCUUUCCAAGCAGCACCCAAUAGGCUAAUGACAGACAAUGUCUACACAGCUUUAUUGGCAGCCUCGAUCAAUGCUUCUUCAACAGAGAAUGGAAUGAACUUACAUGAUUCUGGUCUUCGCUUUGAGCAUUCACAACUUUUAUUGGUACUUUUGCAUUCCCUUCCAUUUGCACCUAGGCCUCUGCAGAGCCGAGCACUACAGGAUCUUCUAUUUUUGGCAUGCAGUCAUCCUGAAAAUAGAGAGAGUUUGACAAAUAUGAAAGAAUGGCCUGAAUGGAUUCUGGAGGUACUAAUAUCAAACUAUGAGUUGGGUCCAAGCAAAACAUCCGAUUCAACAAGCCUAUGGGACAUAGAGGACAUUAUACAUAAAUUCUUUAUCAUCAUGCUAGAGCAUUCAAUGCGCGGAAAGGAUGGAUGGAAGGAUAUUGAAGCAACAAUUCAUUGUGCAGAAUGGCUUUCUGUUAUAGGUGGAUCUAGUACAGGAGAACAGCGAAUUAGACGUGAAGAAUCAUUACCUAUAUUUAAGAGAAGACUCUUGGGUGGCUUGCUGGACUUUGCUGCUAAAGAAUUGCAGGUCCAGACCCAAAUCAUUGCUGCGGCUGCUGCUGGUGUUGCAGCUGAAGGUUUGUCUCCAAAUGCUGCAAAGGCAGAAGCUGAGAAUGCUACUCAGAUGUCUGUGGCUUUAGCAGAGAAUGCCAUUGUGAUGCUUAUGCUUGCAGAGGAUCAUUUACGGUCACAGAGCAAACAAUCCUCUUCUUUACGUACUGCAGAUGGCUCUCCAUCUCCCCUCUCUCUGUUUUAUCCAAUCCAUAACAACUCAUCAUCACUAUCAACAAUUGGAGAAUCAACAGAAGUUAUGGGUGAUCGCACAUCAUCAUCUAGCAACUCUGGAGGAAUCUCUAUAGAUGUCCUUUCUUCAAUGGCUGAUGCAAAUGGUCAGAUCUCUACUUCAGUUAUUGAAAGGCUUGCUGCAGCAGCUGCAGCUGAUCCAUAUGAAUCUGUUUCUAGUGCUUUUGUAUCAUAUGGUUCCUGUGCUAAGGAUUUAGCUAUUGGGUGGAAAUAUAGGAGCCGUUUGUGGUAUGGUGUUGGGCUUCCCUCAAAUACAGCUUUAUUUGGUGGUGGUGGGAGUGGAUGGGAUUUUUGGAAGUGCUUUCUGGAGAAAGAUGCUGAUGGCUACUGGGUUGAGCUUCCUUUGGUGAAGAAAUCCAUGGCAAUGCUCCAAGCAUUAUUGCUAGAUGAGUCUGGGCAUGGUGGUGGUCUUGGUAUAGGUGGAGGGUCAGGUACUGGAAUGGGAGCAAUGACUGCAUUAUACCAGCUUUUAGACAGUGACCAGCCAUUCUUGUGUAUGCUUCGGAUGGUUCUUCUAUCGAUGAGGGAAGAUGAUGACGAGGAAGAACAUAUGCUGACGAAAACUGCAAGUAUUGAGGAUGCAAUGCCUGAAGGAAGGAAACAAUGCUCAGGACUUUUGUGGAGUGUGCUCUCACCUGUUCUCAACAUGCCAAUUUCUGAUUCUAAGAAACAAAGAGUCUUUGUAGCAUCUUGUGUGCUUUAUUCCGAGGUAUACCAUGCUGUCAGCAUAGACCGAAAACUUCUUCGUAAAAGGUACCUUGAGGCUAUUUUACCACCAUUUAUUGCUGUACUAAGGAGGUGGCAACCCAUUUUGGUCGGAAUUCAUGAACUUGCAACUGCUGAUGGUUUGAAUCCUCUUAAUGUGGCUGAUGGUGCACUAUUUGCUGAUGCCCUGCCAGUUGAGGUAGUUUAAUUUGCUUAUGUUUAUAUAUGUGCACAAACUGAAACAUUUAUAUGUACAUGCAUGAUAGAUACACAAUUGCAUUUCUUUCAGGCUGCCCUUGCUAUGAUAUCCCCUGCCUGGGCUGCUGUUUUUGCAUCUCCACCUGCUGCAAUGGCUUUGUCUAUGAUUGCAGCUGGUACUUCAGGUGGUGAAACUGCUCCUUCAACAAAUUCUCAGCUUAGGCGUGAAACCUCAUUGAUGGAACGAAAACAGGCACGGCUUCAUACAUUUUCAAGCUUUCAAAAACCUUUAGAAGUCCCUAACAAAAUACCCCCCCUACCAAAGAACAAAGCUGCUGCAAAAGCUGCUGCAUCAGCAGCUGCUCGUGAUUUUCAACGAUUUUCAAGGGUUGGUUCUGGAAGAGGUCUUAGUGCUGUUGCAAUGGCUACAUCUGCACAGCGAAGGAAUGCUGGUGAUAUGGAGCGGGUUAAUAGGUGGAAUAUUACUGAAGCAAUGGGAGUUGCCUGGAUGGAAUGUCUGCAUCCAGUGGAUACAAAGUCAGUAUAUGAGAAAGAUUUCAAUGUUUUGUCAUAUAAAUUUAUUGCUGUUCUUGUUGCCAGUCUUGCCCUAGCACGGAAUAUGCAGCGGUCUGAGAUUGACAGGUGUGCUCAUGUAGAUACAAUAUCUCGGCAUCGUAUCAGCACUGGCAUUCGUGCUUGGCGUAAACUUAUUCGCCAGUUAAUUGAGAUGAGAAGUCUUUUUGGUCCUUUUGCAGAUCAUUUGUACUUCCCGCCUCGUGUUUUCUGGAAGCUAGAUUUUAUGGAAAGUUCUUCCCGGAUGAGAAGAUGUAUGAGGAGGAAUUACUUGGGGUCUGAUCAUUUAGGUUCUGCUGCCAACUACGAGGAUUAUUCAGGGGAGAAUAAUGAUCAGAGCACUCCAGUUUUUUCACCAGAAGCAAUCUCAAUAGAGGCUGUAAAUGAGAAUGAAGAACAGUUGGAAAAUGAAAAUUUGGCUGUUAGGGUUGAUCAUAUAGAAGAUAAAGUAGAGAAUCAACUUAGAUUUUCCAAAGAAGCUGAGAAAAUUGUACAAGAGUCUCCCAAUUCUAAUGCCAUUCAACUUGAAAGUGGUGGAGGUGUUGUUCAAAGUUCUUCAACCUUUGCACCUGGUUAUGUUCCAAGUGAGCUUGAUGAAAGAAUUGUUAUUGAGCUACCAUCGUCAAUGGUCCAGCCACUUAGAGUUCUACAAGGAACUUUUCAAGUAACCAGUAGGAGGAUAAAUUUUAUAGUUGAUAAUAUUGAGACGAGCACUGCGAUGGAUGGUUUGAAUUUUGGCUCUGAGGCAGGUGACCAAGAAAAGGAUCGCAGUUGGUUAAUGUCAUCUCUUCAUCAAAUUUAUAGUCGAAGAUAUCUUCUUAGAAGAAGUGCAUUGGAGCUAUUUAUGGUGGACCGUUCAAACUUCUUCUUUGAUUUUGGGAGUAGUGAGGGGAGAAGAAAUGCAUAUCAAGCAAUUGUUCACGCACAACCUCCUCAUUUAAACAAUAUAUAUUUAGCUACUCAGAGGCCUGAACAACUUUUGAAAAGAAUUCAGCUUAUGGAGCGCUGGGCUAGGUGGGAGAUUAGUAAUUUUGAAUAUCUAAUGCAACUCAAUACAUUGGCUGGGCGUAGUUAUAAUGAUAUAACCCAGUAUCCAGUUUUCCCCUGGAUUCUUUCUGAUUACAGUUCAGAGAGCUUGGAUCUUUCUAAUCCCUCUUCUUAUCGGGAUCUUUCAAAGCCUGUUGGUGCACUGAACCCGGAUCGUCUGAAAAAAUUUCAAGAGAGAUAUGCUAGCUUUGAUGAUCCCAUCAUUCCUAAAUUCCAUUAUGGAUCACACUACUCUAGUGCAGGAAUAGUUUUGUAUUAUCUUGUUAGGGUUGAACCAUUCACUACCCUUGCAAUCAAACUGCAAGGUGAAAAAUUUGAUCAUGCAGAUCGGAUGUUUUCUGAUAUUUCUGCUACUUGGAAUGGAGUUCUUGAAGACAUGAGUGAUGUAAAGGAAUUGGUUCCUGAGCUAUUUUACCUCCCUGAGGUCUUCACAAAUGAAAAUUCAAUUGAUUUUGGAACAACACAAUUGGGAGGAAAGCUUGAUACUGUAAGACUUCCUGCAUGGGCUGAGAGUCCAGUUGAUUUUGUUCACAAGCAUAGGAUGGCUCUAGAGAGUGAGUAUGUAUCUUCUCAUUUACAUGAGUGGAUUGACCUCAUAUUUGGGUAUAAGCAACAGGGCAAAGAGGCUAUUGCAACAAAUAAUGUUUUCUUUUAUAUAACCUAUGAAGGGACAGUGGACAUUGAUAAAAUAUCUGACCCAGUGCAACAGCGUGCCACACAAGAUCAGAUUGCUUAUUUUGGACAAACACCAUCCCAACUUCUGACAGUUCCUCACUUGAAGAAGAUGCCAUUAUCAGAAGUUCUGCAUUUGCAGACAAUAUUCCGCAACCCAAAAGUAGUCAAACCAUAUGUUGUUCCAUCCCCUGAACUCUGCAAUCUACCUGCGGCUGCCAUCCACGCAUCUUCAGAUAUGGUUGUAGUUGUUGAUUUGAAUGCACCAGCAGCUCAUGUGGCACAGCACAAGUGGCAACCCAAUACACCUGACGGCCAGGGUACUCCAUUCCUCUUUCAGCAUGGAAAGGUUACAUCAGGCUCUGCUGGUGGGACACUUAUGCGCAUGUUCAAAGGUCCUGGGACUGGUGAACAGUGGCAAUAUCCUCGAGCAUUGGCUUUUGCUGUUUCUGGAAUUAGAAGCCAAGCUAUAGUUUCUAUAACAUGUGACAAAGAAAUUAUUACUGGCGGGCAUGCUGAUAACAGUAUUAGGGUAAUAUCCUCAGAUGGAGCAAAAACCUUAGAAACAGCCUAUGCACACUGUGCUCCUGUAACUUGCCUUGGUCUUUCACCGGAUAGUAACUACUUGGUAACAGGAUCCCAAGAUACAACAGUAUUAAUAUGGAGAAUACAUAGAGCAGUUACAUCUCGCUCAAGUGUCAUAUCAGAAUCUUCUACUGGGACUGGCACAAUGCCUUCAACCAGCAGUAGUUCUUCAUCACAUUUGUUGAUAGAAAAGAAUCGAGGACAUCGUAUUGAGGGUCCUGUACAAGUACUUCGGGGGCACCACAGUGAAAUACUCAGCUGUUGUGUCAGCUCAGAUCUUGGAAUAGUUGUUUCAUGCUCCCAUUCAUCAGAUGUUCUCUUGCACUCUAUAAGAAAGGGACGUUUAAUCAGAAGGCUGGAUGGUGUGGUGGCCAAUACUGUCUGCCUUUCCUCAGAAGGGGUUGUCAUGGCUUGGGAUGAAUUGCAGCAUAUUCUCAGUACCUUUACACUUAAUGGUGUUCUGAUUGCUAAAACAGAAUUAUCUAUCUCUAGCAGCAUUAGUUGCAUGGAAAUUUCUGUCGAUGGGAGGUUUGCUUUGAUUGGAAUAAGUUCUCGAGAGAAUGGAACCUAUAAUAACAAUUGGAAUUUUCAAUUGAAUAAGUCAGGUAUUGUCGAUUUUUAUUCAGAAUCACAAGAAACACAAGAAAGCAACAGAAUAAAUGCUGCAUCACCAUCAAUCUGCUUCCUGGAUUUGCACACUUUGGAGGUAUUUCAUGUAUUGCAGAUGAGAGAAGGACAAGAUAUCACAGCUCUUGCUCUAAAUAAGGAUAACACAAAUCUUUUGGUUUCAACUUUGGAUAAACAAUUGAUUAUCUUCACUGAUCCAACUUUGAGCUUGAAAGUAGUCGAUCAAAUGCUCAAGCUUGGCUGGGAAGGUGAUGGACUUAGGCACCUCAUAAAAUGAUAGCCUUUAGGGCAUUGGAAAGUGGAUUACAGAUCUAUUUUACAUAGUAACUAUUAGGAAAAUAGGAUGGGGUUAUAGGUUUCCCGUUUGUAAGCAUGAUGGUUUCAUCUCUAUGGUUUAGAGAUGUCUUGUAUCAUAUGUAACAACUAACACUUACCCCCAUACUAGUACUAGGUUAUUAGAUUUAGCAUAGGAUUGUUUGCUUUACCAGUCAUGCUGAAGUAUUAAUAUCCGACAAGCUUUUUAC